GACAUUAGGAGUUCAGGACAGAGAAAAUAUAGAGAGAAAACACAAAUCUACUUCUUGUUUUUUUUUCUCAUCUCACUGGAAAAAGACUUUCGUACUCUAAACUCAAAAGUCAGAACCGACGAAGCAGUAAAACACAGUUUUGAAGCAUUACCAUUUCUCUUCUUCAUCGUAAAACUACAGAGUUUCUUUUAUUUUACUUAUUAAUUUCAUUUCAUGUGAAAACCGAAGAAGAACAAGAAAAAGUAAGCACCAAUAAUCCCUAUUUCUUCUACAUCUACUUCUUCUUCCUUACAAGUUCAUGAUCAACUGAGUAACCAACAGACAGACAAACAGACCCUAGUUUCUAUUCCAAUUCAUUCUUUGUGAUUAUUUAUCUCGACUGGAUACGUUGAGAUAUACGGUCAAUUUGACAUAAGUAAGUUCGGUAGAGGACUGUUUUGAAUCAGGAAAAACAAUUGGAAGCCCGGUAAAUGGCGCUGUUUAGAAGAUUGUUUUAUAAGAAUCCUCCGGAUCGCUUAAUGGAGAUCUCUGAAAGAGUCUAUGUGUUGGAUUCUUGCUUCUCUACUGAUGUCAUGAAAGAGGUCUCGAUAACUAUAAGAAGUACAUGGAUGGUAUCGUGGCCCAACUUCAGGACCACUUUCCAGAUGCCUCUUUUAUGGUAUUUAAUUUUAGGGAGGGAGAAGGGAGAAGCCAAAUUUAUGAUAUAUUGUCCAAGUAUGAUAUGACGGUUAUGGAUUAUCCUCGGCUAUAUGAAGGGUGUCCUCUGUUACCGCUCGAGAUGAUUCACCAUUUCCUGAGAUCAAGUGAGACUUGGUUGUCGUUAGAAGGUCAACAGAAUGUUCUGCUGAUGCAUUGUGAAAGAGGAGGGUGGCCUGUGCUUGCAUUCAUGCUUGCUGGUCUCCUUCUAUACAGAAAACAGUACACAGGGGAGCAGAAAACUCUCGAGAUGGUAUAUAAGCAAGCUCCUAAGGAACUCCUCCAUCUCAUGUCUCCUUUAAACCCACAGCCUUCCCAACUGAGAUAUCUACAGUACAUCCCUAGGAGAAAUCUCGACUCAUGGCCUCCAGCUGAUACGUCUUUGGCCUUGGAUAGCCUCAUUCUCAGAGGACUUCCAAUAAUUAAUGGUGAAAGGAGUUGUAGACCUGUAGUUCGUGUUUAUGGCCAUGAUCCAUCUACUGCAGCUAGCAGAAGUUCUAAAGUUCUGUUUUCAACUCCAAAGACAAAGAAGCAUGUUCGCCACUACAAACAGGCAGAAAGGACGCCCGUGAAGGUAGAUAUUUUUUGCGGUGUUCAAGGUGAUGUAGUUCUUGAAUGCGUCCAUUUGGAUGAGGAUAUGGUACGCGAGGAAAUGAUGUUCAGGCUUACGUUUAACACGUCGUUUGUUCGAUCAAAUGUUUUACUGCUCAGCCAGGAGGAUAUCGACAUUUUGUGGGAUGCAAAGGAAACAGUUCCCUGAAGACUUUAAAGUAGAGGUACUCUUUUUGGACCCUGAUAUUGUUGGGUCUACCAUUGGCAUAGCAGUGGCAAGUGGAGACGAGGAUGAGACUGAAGGUGGAGUAUAGGAGGUUUUUUUCGAGGGGCAAGAAGUUUUCAGCAAUGCUGGUGGGCACUUGAGAUAUGGUCCGCCUUCUUCCAACAAAAAUAAAUAUUUUUACCGUGAAUCUUCCAGGUGAUCCCGGCACAGACAAAAUUAAGACCCCACCUAAAACCAGACAAAAUUAAGUGCAUACGAUUGCCUUCCUAAUUAUAAUUUGUUGGACCCACGUUCUACUUUUGGAUGGGAGUCAUGGGACUAUCCCGAGUCCCGACGAAUGAUUUCGAUUUUUUUUUAGCUGCAUCAUCGUUCGGUGAACUAGUUUUUCACCCGUACAAUGCACGGACUUGUCUAUUGCUUAUGGAAUAUUGGAUGUUUUUUUUAUAUUCAUAUUAAA